CGUAUAUCGAUAUUCGAUUGGCGAUUGAUUCGAUAUAAAAAAUAAAAUUGUUUAAUUUAGCAAAACAAAAGGAAAAUGGAGCCUAAUGACGAAGUGGUAGAACGCCAGAAACUCGUGCCAAACGAUGUGGAAACAGAGGAAGAAGCUCAAAGCCAAAGCGCACCGAAAUCAGCUCAAACCCCUGCCUCGCCCGCGGUGCCAAAUAUCAAAAUCAAAGGCAUAUCCAGUGGGGACACCACACGUAGCCGGAACUCUGCCUCCUGCUCCAUAGAGCGUACCAUAUCCGAAAAGGACAAGGAGAAGGGACAACAGCCCACUGCCACCAAGGUGACCUAUGUAAAUGAGAGACGAGCACGCCCCCAGGCCCAGGGCGGCAGCGGUGGUGCUGGCGAUGAACGUUUCGAGUUCAAAACGAGGCCACGCAAAUUGCUCAAAGAUGGCGAUGCAUUGGAGCCCACACACAGCAGUGCAAAUAGUUUGAAUGCCAUUACAUUGGUGAGCAGCGAGUGGCUAUCACCAGAUCCAACUGUCACAGCCAACAACAACCCCGCCACCAGCACCACCACCACGAAUAACAACAAUGACAGCACAAAACCCAACCACAAUGACACCAGCAAUACGUGUAGCAAUAAUAAUAAUAAUAAUAAUAAUAGCAAUACAAAUACACCGCGAUCGCAGCGUCGCAAAGUACCGCCAACGGCAACGGCAACAGCAACAGCAGCCGCGCCAGCAGCAGCAGCAGCAUCGAUGCCAAAUGCCAGCGUACAUAGCGACAAAUUUGAUGAUCGUCCAAUAAAACAUCAUUCCUUUGUCUCCGAAGUGCCCGAUGUGAAGCAUAUGGAACGCGCACUCCUCGGCCUGCUGGAUGACUUUCAUUCGGGCAAGCUGAAGGCAUUCGCAGGCUCUGGCUGCACCAUGGACCAGAUGACCAAGAUACGGGAGCAGCAGGAGAGUCUGGCCAAAUUGCAUUUCGAACUGGCUGCCGCCGAGGAGGAUUCCCUGGAGCAUGGCAACGAGUUCAACACGAACAAGGCGCAGGAGAAUAUGCUGCAGCUGAUGCAGCGCCUUGAACAAUUGUCCAUCUCCAUUGAGCAGCUGCAGACGAGUCACACGGGUCUCUGAGACUUGGCCCAGCCCCAAAGGGGGGACACACGCCUGCUCUGGCUCUGAACACGAACAUGAACACACACACACACACAUACACGCAAUGGGAUUCAAACAUGUUUUUACACAGGAGAUUAGCAAAAAAAAACAAAAAACAAAAAACAAUAAAAAAGUUUUCAAUAUUUGUAGGAUUUGUGUAAAUAUCUAAGUUGUAUGCUUAAGUAAUAGGACUCGGAUAAGCUUCUUAUGCUAACUAAGACUUGGCACACUCGCAGUGAUUGUGAAUUAAUUUAAAUUUAGGUUUCUUUCGCCCAGCAAAGACAGUGCCAAGUUGUAAUGUGCUAAAAACAAAAAACAAACAAAAAACCAUUGUAUUUCCAUUAAUUGGAAAGAUUUUUAUGCCUUUCGUUUGAGUGCUACAGAUUGGAAUUUGUUAUUCAGGCUUUUGCUUUGUUCUAGUUAUUUGCAAUAUACAUACAUACAUACACACAUGCAUACAUAAACCUACCUAUAUACAUACAUCGGAACCUAUUAAAGUUAUCAUUUUUAU